CUAAAUUCUUUCUAAUACAUGAUAAGGUAACGACGUAUGUGGACUUGUGAAGUUUCCAUCAUGGCGUCCGCUAGGGGAAAUGAAUCAUCGGAGCAGGCCAAGCUGAGGUUCCAGGUUGAGCUGGAGUUUGUUCAGUGCCUGGCCAAUCCCAACUACCUGAACUUUCUUGCCCAGAGGGGUUAUUUCAAAGACCAGACAUUCAUCAACUAUCUGAAGUACCUUCUGUACUGGAAGCAGCCUGAAUAUGCCAAGUACCUCAAAUAUCCACAGUGUUUACACAUGGUGGAACUGCUACAGUACGAGGCCUUUAGGAAGGAGCUAGUGAACUCCCAGUGUACAAAGUUCAUCGAUGACCAGCAGGUUCUCCACUGGCAACAUUACACCAGGAAGAGGAUGAGACUACAGCAGGCAGCAGCAUCACUGGGACAACAGGUGGCACAGCAGUCAGAUCAACAGGGACCUACUUCAUAGCUAGGGGUGGACUGGGGUUCAACAGGGACCUACACCAUAACUACGGGUUGACUGAGGUUCAACAGGGACCUAUGUGUAACUAGGGAUGGACUGAGGUUCAACAGGGACCUACAUUAUAACUAGAAGUGGACUGGGGUUCAACAGGGACCUACAUCAUAACUAGGGGUGGACUCGGGUUCAACAGGGACCUACAUUGUAACUAGAGGUGGACUGAGGUUCAACAGGGACCUACAUCACAACUAGGGGUGGACUGGAGUUCAACAGGGAAAUACAUCAUAGCAUGCAAGGGGUGGACUGGGGUUCAACAAAGCCCUAGGGACCCUCUUCAUAACAAAGGGUAGACUGAGGUUCAACAGGGACCUACAUCACAACUAGGGAUGGACUGAGGUUCAACAGGGACCUACAUCAUAACUAGGGGUGGACUGGAGUUCAACAGGGAAAUACAUCAUAACUAGGGGUGAACUGAGGUACUUGACUAGAAGAUCUUUUUGGGCAGUUAAAAAAAACAGUGGACCAGUAUCUGACUGUGAAGUACAUGCCCAACAUACAACAUUGUUUAAAGGUAUUUUACAUGUUGUCAUUGAAGGUACUGGCUGGUAGAGAAGUGUCAAACUGGAAGCUACAUGUACAGAAUAUAUUUUAACAUACUUGACAAGUAUCUUUUUUUUUCAGUAGGAAAAUGCAUCUCAUAUGUACUGAAUCCACAGGAAAGUCCUGGUGUAUAUAUAUCCAAAUACAUGAUUUUGAUUUGUAUGAGCAUUUCAUAGAAGCUGUAACCCUAAUUUCUGUGAAAUUCAGUCUUGUUUGCACACGUUGUACAGUACAA